CAAGCAGAAGCCAGCAACAUGGCCGACCUCGGGAAGAAGUACUGCGUUAACUGCUUGGCAGAUGUAACGAACCUUCGUCUUCGUUGCACGGAUUGCCAGGACAUUGAACUCUGUCCGGAGUGCUUUUCCGCCGGGGCCGAAAUCGGAAAUCACCGGCGAUGGCAUGGAUAUCAGCAAGUGGACGGUGGCCGCUUUACUCUUUGGGGUCCCGAAGCAGAGGGAGGUUGGACCAGCAGGGAAGAGCAGUCGCUACUCGAUGCGAUCGAGCAAUAUGGAUUUGGAAACUGGGAGGACAUGGCCGCUCACGUGGGAGCCUCGCGCACCCCUCAGGAGGUCAUGGACCACUACGUCAACAUGUACACCCACGGCAACCUGGGCAAGGCCUGCAUCCCGGACAGCAUCCCCAACCGCGUGACGGACCACACCUGCCCGAGCGGCGGCCCGCUGUCGCCGAGCCUGACCACGCCGCUGCCCCUGCUGGACAUCUCCGUCGCCGAGCAGCAGCAGCUGGGCUACAUGCCGCUGCGCGACGACUACGAGAUCGAGUACGACCAGGACGCCGAGAAGCUGAUCAGCGGCCUGUCGGUGAACUACGACGACGACGACGUGGAGAUCGAGAUGAAGCGCGCGCACGUGGACAUGUACGUGCGCAAGCUGCGCGAGCGGCAGCGGCGCAAGAACGUGGCGCGCGGCUACGGCCUGGUGCCCGCCUUCCUGGGCCGCGACAAGAAGGAGAAGGAGAAGGCCGCCAAGCGCAAGAUCGCCAAGGAGGAGCGCGAGCUGCGCGCCAAGCUGCGGGCGCUGUGCCAGUUCAUGGCGCACCGCGAGUUCGAGGAGUUCUUCGAGAACAUGCACAAGGAGCGGGCGCUGCGGGCGAAGGUGCGCGAGCUGCAGCGGUACCGGCGCAACGGCAUCGCCCGGCUGGACGAGUCGGCCGAGUACGAGGCCGCGCGGCACAAGCGCGAGAAGCGCAAGGAGAACAAGAGCGUCGGCCAGUCCAAGCGCGGCGGCGAGGAGGGGAAGGACGGCGAGUUCUCCGCCAUCGAGAACCUGUCGGGCUUCGAGCUGCUGUCCGACCGCGAGAAGGUGCUGUGCAACUCCCUCAACCUCAGCCCCACCCGCUACCUGACCGUCAAGACCAUCAUCAUCAAGGACCACCUGCAGAAGAGGCAGGGCAUCCCCUCCAAAAGCCGGCUGCCCGGCUACCUGGACAAAGUCCUCAAAAAGAGGAUUCUCAGCUUCCUUACCGAGAGCGGGUGGAUAUCGCGAGAUGCUUCAUAACAUCCUUGAUGUCCCCGGGAAGUGAUUGUUAUUGUUUUGUGUGUGUGUGUGUGUGUGUGUGUGUCUGUGUGUGUUCGUGUGUGUGCGUGCGUGCGUGCGUGUGGUUGUUUAUGUUUUUUGUUAAAUUUUUUAUUUUUACAGUGUGCGACCUCAAUAUACAAGUAUGUGGGCCAAACUACUGGAUUUAGCCACUUUUGGUGACUUCCUGUUUUCACCAUUGAUUACAGUUAUUCAUGCAAAUGAAUAUGUACUUUGUACAAGGAAAGGACCUCUAAACAUGACACUCAAAGCUUAAUUUUAACCCAGUUUAAUCCAAAAAAUACUACUGUGGAUGGUUGACAUCUGAAAUGGCUCUCUGUUUAGACCAAUGGCAGCCUCUCAUUUCUUGUAUUCUUACAUAUUCAUGAGCAGGCAGCUCCGCGACUUAUUUUGAUUUUCAGUGAUAGGCAAUAGCAGUGAUUCCGCUUAAAUCAAAAAGAAACAAACAAUGUUUUGUCUGCUAGAAGAUAUCCACAAGAUCCUGCCUUCACCCUAAACCUGCGGUCACUACAGAUGGUAGGGUCAGCGUGGAGUGUGGCGUUCUGAACUGUGAAGGGCUAUCUUAACGGUGAAGUGGUGACGCCACCCUUCCUCUAGACAGCUGUGUGUUGGUGAUCAAAGUGUGAAGCUUCCGGAACCCCCCAAAUGGCUGAACCAAUCAUGUGUUAGCAUUGAGGUGCUGAUAUGACAGUGUUUUACUGUGACGUUCUGAUGACAGCACAUGGCUAUCUGUAAUGAGGUUUGCAAAACCUAUUGUUUCAUCACUGUUGUAUUUAUAUCACUUUAUAGAACACGUGUGUGUGUGUGUGUGUGUGUGUGUAUGAAGGUGACAUUUUAGAUGGUUGGACGAUAUCCUCCCGUGAACGGGAUCCAAAUGGGAUCCAAAUGGGAUCCUAAGUGUGUUUAAAGUAUUCCACGUUCCUGUUGUUCAAUUCCCAGCACCUCUGGAAUCUGUGACGAUGCUCAGAAUCACAAUUUGGAGCACAGACUCACUUAACAUCGGACCCCUUGAUCAGAUAAGGUUCGGUCUGAUGCAUGUUUUAAGACCUGAUCCGUACGGCACUCUGAAUCGACCCAUGCACACACAAAACCAGCAUUCUAGAUCCUCUUAGAUCAAAGCCGCUUUCUGUUAUAGAGAUGGGAAUUUUUUUCCCGAUUUGAAACGGGGGUGCCCAUCUUGUGUAAGUCUGUGCAUUGCUGUCACUGCGUGUGCCUUAUGCAGUAGCCACAUCUGUGCUAGGACUGGAACUGCGUAAAAACAUGGGAGCUCAUAUUGACUGCCCCUUGUGGUUGAGUUCCAGUACUGCACGGAGAGUCAGACCACCAUCUCCAGAGCCCCGCGUGUUUUUGGGGCCGCUUUUGGCAGCUUAGUCGCGCUCGGGAGCCAUUUUGGCUCCUCGUAAUCAAGCACGAGCUGACGUAGCUUGUCAGCUUGGAGAUUAUAUGGGGUUAGCUGAAGGACAGGAGCCAUCUACCAUCAGGGCUGUUGUAAUAUUGCUUUCCUCGUUUCUCCCCCAUGGGUUAGGCCUUUUCAGGGGGGUCCACCCUUGGAAAACUUCUAAAAGUUUGACAGGACACAACUUCGUUUAUUGGUACUUUAUUCUUCUAUUAUUUUGAGUGGGAAAAAAAUUAUUAUUAUUAUGAUUAUUUAAAAAAAAAUUCUUUAACAUUGGCUAAGUGGGCAAUUGUUAUAUGUCUAAAGCACAAAUGGAGAAAUAUUUGCCAUGAAUUUAAUAAAAACAUUUUCUGCCAUUUCAUUGGAAGUCAAGUUUGCCUGCUUCCCGGUUGGUUGUUGUCGUGGUGACUCGUCUGACUAGUGUUGCUGGGUUUUUUUUUUUCCUCGUGACACGUCGAAUGUCGUGAAGAGUUGGUUAAUCUUUGAUGUGGGCUUCUUUGUCGGGGAUCGUUAAUUGCGGGUGGCUGUAUUGUGCAUCAUGUUGCUGGGAAAUAACUAGCCCUAGACGGGUAUGUGUAUCUUCCAAGUCGAUGGUCCUUGACAAUGUGCCCGCUUUUCAUGUUGACAGUCCGUGUCAUCAUUUGAACGCUGUUUCUGUGGCAGUGCCACGUGGAUUCCGUAUUCAUUGAAAUUACUUUUCAAGUCCUUUUCAGAAAGUGUGAUUCAUCCUAUGCCUUGAUUAACCUGAAUUAACAUGAAAUGGUCCAAUAUUUGGGUUGGUCACAGAGUUUGCGACACAAAUGAUUUCGUAUGCACUUAUUUUUGUUCCAGCUUGAAUCAUUAAAGCUACCCCUGAAACUUAAAACACUGGCUUCAGGGGGUGAAUAUGAUGGAGUGAACCGGUAUUAUGCAGUGACAGUUUACCUUUGCAUGUGGUCGGUUCCCUGCAUUGUCUGGAGCUGAAUGCCAUGACAGCCUUUUCGGUCUGCUUAUUAGUUUCAAAUGCAGUGUAGAGUAGAGUUUAGUCGUGUAAAAAGGCGUUGUUCAUCUAAUAUAGCUUAAUUUAUUGUCAAAACUACUCCCUGCCUUAGAGCUUUGGUCAGUCUGAGGGCGACUACUGCCGUGUAUAUAUGUGUUGUGUUUUUUUUUUUUUUUCCAGAGCUUGAGGAACAGUUGAAUUUCUAAAUGUUCUGUAAGAUAAAAUAACUGACAGUUUAUUUUUGAAAAUAAAGUGUAUAGAUAAUCUUAUAAGAGAAACUUAUGGAGGUGUCAUGCCCCCUUCCUGUCAAGGGUAAUAAGAGGUGGCUGGUUUUAAAGAAACAGUGUUAAGUUUGUGGCGUGCUUCCUCACUGUGUUGGCGUUGUCAUGUCAUGUUUUUUUUUCGGUACCAGUGCUUUUGAAUUUGAAUAUUCAGUUAGAUUUUUUUCCCCCUGACGGUGUUUUCUUUUGGUUUUAUUGUACAGCACCUACUGCUGUGACUGUCUCUUCUCAGGAGGUCCGCUCUAUUGAGUGUGUGCCGACCGGAGGGUACAUCUGAAUAUUCUUGCCGAACCCUGUCAAGAGCGGGACGUAUAAUGGGCGUCACUACGACGUCGGUCAGAACGGUGUUCGGGGGGCUUUGUUUGCUUUGAUCCGAGUGGUGGCAGAAGUGCUAUUUAAAUGUAAAUGAAGUGAUCUAACAGCAGCACAAAAGCUAAUGGUGCUAUUCAGGGCCCCCCCCCCCUUAAAAGUGGGAUGAUUGACUGCCCCCCUCAGCCAUAUUUCUGGGUGUGGGGCAUAGCCUAUUCCUUGCAUUUUAUUUUACUUGUUUAAUUCUUCUGUGUUGAAUGAAGCCAGGUAGCAAAAUAAAUGUUGUAAGAAAUUUGAAGGUAAUUUGGCGAUUAUUAGGUAAAUUUGAAUAUAAACCCAAAGCCUGAUUGUGCAGGGGAGUCCACACCCUGCAGCUUUAAGUAUGUGUCCUCACUGGCUCUCAGUGUUGGGAAGAAGCAGCUGUCCCUCCAGGGGAGGGGGUGGGGUGGAGGGGUGGGCAGGUAAGCAGGUGUAGGCGAAUGAUCAGUGAGCAACAUUUUUAUUUUUUGCCAGUCUAAAAGUUGUAUUUUUUUAUCUGUUAUUUUCUUUAUGCAGAAAGAAAAAAAAAAAGAAGAAAAGAUUGUCCCAUUAAAAAUUCAAAACAUUGUUCUUUGAUCUCAAGAGCUAUCAAACUAGGGUGACUCACUUCAUUUAACAUAGAUGUAGGCUACCCAUUGUGUUGGAAGCAGUUUGAACUGGCUUCUGUUGGUUUGUG